UAGUGCGGAGACCCUUCUCUCCGGUGUGAGCAAUUUCGGGCUGCUUAGGGGCCCCUCUCGGGGCGCGUCUCUGAAUCUUUACAUGUCGAAGCCCCGCCUCACUGUUGAUGCUAGCAGGUCAGCCUAGCGGGGCGGGAGGAAAUGGGGGGACAUUUGCUUACUCCCCAGGGCCACGGCGACGCAGUUCCGCGGUGUGGGCUUGGUGAGGAGGGAUGGAAUGGAGAUUCGGCUCACUUUUGAUCUGCUGCCUAGGUCGCUCGCCCUCCCUCCGGGGGAUCUAAGAACCACACCUAUGGAGUGGUCCUGGGGACAAGCACUGGACUGGAACGUGGAUGCUGGGCGGGCUUUUUCCCACAGUUGCCGACCCUCCUAGGUCCCUUCUGUUUAAUUUCCAAGGAGCUACAGGACAGGAACUGAUAUUAAUAUAAGAUUUCAUGGUUCCUGGGCUGGGGUCUAGGAUAAAUACCCGUUUCCCCGUGAGAAAGAGGAGUCUCAUAUUGACGGAGCACUUAGGAGGUACUAGGCCACUGUACUCCUGUAUGGGACUUUCACAUGCCUUUUCUGAAAUUGCUCCUGGCACUGACCUGUGCGGUAUUGUUAUUCCUGUGCAGGAAGAUACUGAGGUUAGAGGAAAAGUGACUUGCCUUUGUUUCUUCGGUAGCCUCCUGCCCAUCCCCCCAUACCCCCCUCAGCGCUUGUGCUUGUGGAGGGGCUAUUGUAAUUUAUUCUUAGAGUUUAGGGAUAUUGAGCUCUACUGAAGAGCUUCUGUCUUGUUUCUCACCAGAUCCUAGCAUCCUCUUCAAUUCCAGCUAGAAUGCUGUGCCGCACACUUCGCAGAUUUGGUCAAAAGCUGGUACGCAGGCGUAUACUGGAGCCAGGCGUGACUGGGACUCGCCUUGCCAGAUGCCUGAGCACUCUGGAUUUAGUGGCCCUGGGUGUGGGCAGCACAUUGGGUGCAGGCGUGUAUGUCCUGGCUGGCGAGGUGGCCAAAGAUAAAGCAGGACCAUCCAUUGUCAUCUGCUUUUUGGUGACCGCCCUGUCUUCUGUGUUGGCUGGACUGUGCUAUGCGGAGUUUGGUGCCCGGGUCCCGCGGUCUGGCUCUGCGUAUCUCUACAGCUAUGUCACUGUGGGGGAACUCUGGGCCUUCACCACUGGCUGGAACCUCAUCCUCUCCUAUGUCAUCGGUACAGCCAGUGUGGCACGGGCCUGGAGCUCAGCUUUUGACAACCUGAUUGGGAACCACAUCUCUCAGGCCCUGCAAGGAAGCAUCUCGCUGAACGUCCCUCAUAUCCUCGCCAAGUACCCGGACUUCUUUGCUUUGGGCCUUGUGUUGUCGCUAACAGCUUUGCUGGCCCUGGGGGCUAGUGAGUCGGCCCUGGUGACUAAGGUGUUCACAGCGGCGAACCUUCUGGUUCUCGUUUUUGUCAUCGUCUCUGGCUUCAUUAAGGGGGACCUGCACAACUGGAAGCUGACGGAAGAGGACUAUAAACUGGCCAUGGCAGGAGCCAAUGUCACCUAUAGCUUGGGCCCUCUGGGCUCUGGAGGAUUUGUGCCUUUCGGCGUCCAGGGGCUUCUGCGUGGAGCAGCUACCUGUUUCUAUGCAUUUGUUGGCUUCGACUGCAUUGCUACCACUGGGGAAGAGGCCCAGAAUCCCCAGCGCUCCAUCCCCUUGGGCAUUGUCGUUUCACUGUUAGUCUGCUUUCUGGCGUAUUUUGGUGUCUCUUCGGCACUCACGCUAAUGAUGCCUUACUACCUGCUUCGACCUGAGAGCCCCUUGCCUGAGGCAUUUCUCCAUGUUGGCUGGGCCCCUGCCCGCUAUGUUGUGGCUGUUGGAUCCCUGUGUGCGCUUUCUACCAGCCUCUUGGGUUCUAUGUUCCCCAUGCCUCGGGUGAUCUAUGCAAUGGCGGAGGAUGGCCUCCUGUUCCAAGUCCUCGCCCAUAUCCACAGCGACACACACACCCCCAUCGUGGCCACUGUGGUCUCUGGCGUUAUCGCAGGAUUAAUGGCGUUCCUCUUUGAACUCAGUGACCUUGUGGACCUCAUGUCAAUUGGGACCCUGCUUGCUUAUUCCCUGGUGUCUAUUUGUGUUCUCAUCCUCAGGUAUCAGCCUGAUCUGGAGAUGAAGAGUGAGGAAGAUGAAGAGGAGUUCCAGGAGGAGAGGCCACCUCAAGCAGAAAAGCUGACCUUACAGCUACUGUUCUGUCCAGUCAAUUCCAUCCCCUCUCCACUGUCUGGCCAAGUUGUCUAUGUUUGUUCCUCACUACUUGCUCUACUGGUGAGUGUCCUCUGCCUGGUGCUAGCCCAGUGGUCUGUUCCGCUGCUGUCUGGAGACAGAGUGUGGAUUGCAGUGGUUGUGGUGCUCCUGUCGCUCAUUACUGGGAUCACUUGGGUCAUCUGGAGACAGCCACAGAGCCCUACUCCGCUUCACUUUAAGGUCCCUGCUUUGCCUCUCCUCCCACUACUGAGCAUCUUCGUGAAUAUUUACCUUAUGAUGCAGAUGACAGCUGGCACCUGGGCCCGAUUUGGGGUCUGGAUGCUGAUUGGGUUUGCUAUCUACUUCGGCUAUGGAAUCCAGCACAGCUUGGAAGAGGUUAAGAGUGCCCGACCCCCACUGAAGGCUAGGGCCCCAACUAUAGGCCUUGAUGUCAGCCAUUCCUGUACGCCUUCGAUUUGACAUCAUGCCUGAAUGCUCUCUGUUCCCCCCGCACAAUAAUGGAGACAACUCCUGACCACACAGAGCUAGGCCCCCCAAUAAGAUAUUGGUGGGGGGCCACUGAUAGAGCUUUGCUUUGUGGAGUGAAGGAUUUGUGUCUCCUGUUUCUCAUCUUUUUUUGAAACUUGUCUGCUUUUCAAUUGUCUGUAGCUGCUUACUGGCCUU